CUCGCUGACUUGGCGCCCGACCCGCGUCCGGCGCGGGUACAGCCGCUGUACCGUGCUAGAAGCCGCAACCUCUUGCACGCAGAGAGUCUCCGUACCUUGGGCCAGCCGGCCGCUCAACACCUCGCGUCCAGCAUCACGAGCCGCUUUGGGUUGGACUCGUGCCGCAGUUGCGUGGGCUGCCUCCUUCUCCCUCCUCUCCGCGAGGCGCCCGAGGCGAGGGAUUUUUACCGUACGUCAUCCCUCAUCAAGGGACGAGGAGAACUCCGUAUCCCUUUCUCUCUCACUCACUCUCUCUGUCUCUCGUAUUCAUCCGAAGGGCCCGCGGGCCCCGUGGCGGUCACGGUCGACGAGGCGCGCUACAUUCCACCCUGGCCGACCAACACUCAAGGACCUUCAACCGGGCCGUCUGCUUGCCUUCAUCGUCAUCGUUGUCGUCGUCCUCGUUGUUGCCGCUGCUGCUGUCGUUGCCCCUGCCCACACUCCCAGGCACAACCAACAGCCCGUCCCCCCUACCCCAUGACACGAGCACGCAAGAGAGAGCAAGAGAGAGAGAGAGCAGGGGUUGAACGAAAGCAUGGGCAUCAAGAUCCGUCCGGCCACCCUCCAUGACGUCCCCGCCGUCGCCCGGCUCGUCCUCGCGGCCCUGGCGGACGAGUCCCCCUGGCGCGCCUUUGUCCCACGCAAGGCGCAGGGCCGUGCCGACCUGGUUGAGUAUGCCGAGGCCGCGCUGAGGAGCCUCGUCCGCCCUGCCGCGGCGGCAGCUGACUCGGGCGACGACGGCUGCUUCCUGGUUCUGGAGUUGUCCGGCACCGACGUCGGCUGCCGUGACGGCGGCCCACUCGUCGUCGCCGCCGUCGCGUGGGACGCCCCGGCUCCUGAAUCGCGCCUCCGCCGCCCAUCAAAGAUGAGUGGCGUCGACGAUGACACCACCACGACUACCACCACCACCACCACCACAAGCUCCGCUGCGUACGACGAGGCCACGUUCGCAGACGCCCCCAGCAGCGUCGCGGGUCUCGUGCAGGCCAUGGCCAGGGGCAAGACGCAGCGCUUCCUUGGCCAUGACCCGUGCCUCCACCUGCUUCUGCUCGCCACCCGCCCAGACUACCAGCAGCGUGGUUACGGCAAGGCCUUGGCAGCCAAGGCCGUCAGACUCGCCCAGCAGCAGCGCUUGACCGUGUGCCUGCAGUCGGCGGCCAGGGGCUACAUCCUGUUCUCGGGCCUGGGCUUCGCCGACUUUGGGCCCGUGGCCCUGCCCGCCGAUCCCAACAAGGGUGGCGAGGAACUGAUGCUCAAGGCCAUGAUGCUCAGCCAGGAGCGCGCCCAGAGGCCAGGGUCGUGGAUGGAGUCGCUGCUUCGACAUGCCUCGCGUUGACGUUCAGUGUGUGUGCAUUCCAAGCUAGUUCUUCUUGGCGUACAGCGCUGAGAAACAAUGUUUGCCGUUGAUGGUUGGUCUUGGUCUGAAUAUGGUCCCCUGACUGAGUGGACGUCUGAAUAGUACGCUGGCAACAUGCGGAAACUUGCGAGUAUCCAGUCAGUCGAUACGAUAUCAGUGCAAACUAUGUAUCAAUAAGCGAUGCUGGUUUUGUCAUCGACAUAAUUGGCACUCUGAGAUAGUUAAGCGUCUCGCCUCUUUCCCGCCUGCCAUAGCCGGUACUGCAAGUCGUCCGGUGUGCUACCCUGUGCC